AUGCCAUCGUCUACCCAGAUUCCUGCGACGAUGCGCGCAGCGCAAUGGCGCACCACCACCGGCAGUAUCGAGAAAAGCCUCAAGCUCGUCACCAACGCACCACUCCCCAAAACUGCCUCUUCACUUCCCAAGGGCUGCACGCUCGUGAAAGUGGCCUACGCCUCCAUCAACCACGACUACAAGCUCGCCGAAUUUCCCCUCGUCAACCGCAUCUUCCCCAACCCAGCGAUCCCCGGAGUGGACUACUCGGGCACCGUUGUCGUAACAACUCUCACCACGCUGCAACCUGACCAGCGUGUCUUUGGGAGGACAGAGAUGCACAAGUGUGGCACGCUGGCCGAGUACGUUGUGGUAGGAAAAUCAGGCAUCGUACCGGUCCCCGCCGACGUAUCGUUGAAGGAUGCGGCGUGUGUCGGUAUAUGUGGUGUCACGGCGCUACAAGCACUUGCUCCCUUCGUGAAAGAGGGAGACACGGUCUUGAUCAACGCAGGCAGCGGUGGCACCGGGAUGUUCGCUAUUCAAGUUGCUAAGGCUCUAGGCUGCGCCCGAGUUGUUGCCGUCUGUUCGGGGCGGAAUGCCGACUUUUGUCGGAGUCUUGGAGCUGAUGAUGUGAAUGACUACAGGAAGGGAGAUGUGGUAGACACGCUCAGGAAACGAGGGGAACAGUUUGAUUACAUACUGGAUACGGUGUUUCUGAAUACGGAGCUGUAUUGGCAAAGUCGCCAUUAUCUCGUUCCCAACGGGACCUACGUGGCGAUUGUAUUCGCAAACCCGGAGCACUCCCUACAAGUUGCCAGAUGGAUUGAGGAAGGCAAACUCAAGCCAGUGAUCGAGGAUGUCUUUGGCUUAGAGGAUGCUGGCGAGGCUUAUGCGAGGAUCAAGAGCGGAAAAGCAGCUGGAAAGCUGGUUAUCGCAGUUGGUGGCGACGAUGGCGCUGCGAUGUGA